GCGGCAAAUCCCUAAAUUGAUAUUUCUUCUCUUCAAGACUUAAACAGACUACCAUGCUCCGCCAUUUUUCCUCCUGCAACUAAAGAGAGAAGAAGCUAUCAGGGGCUUUGUGCAUGAAGAAGCAAAGUUUUCAACAACUAUAAUCGCCUAUCAACAAACAAAGAUCCGCAUGCCAAGAAGGUGCUGCGGGAAACUGCCAAUAGAGGCGUAUUCGAUUCCCUAAAGAAUUGGACAAUGUAAAUUGUAAGCCAAUUAGGGAUCUGCGUUUGCUUUUGAGUCACUACUGCACUUUACUCUGCUAAUUUGAGAUUCCUAGCAAGAAAGAUAUGCAGCAUUCUUUGAUCUGGUCAAGCAAGCUGAUAUUAGUGAUGUUGUAGAAGCAGUAUCAGUCUUGACGUUCAAACAGGCUGUUGGUACUUGCAAGUGCAUAUAAUUAAGUGAUCCACACUGCAGUUUUCGAGUGAUUGAACGAAGCUUGUGAUUUUUGUCAUUUGCUUCAAGAGAAAAUGCAAAAUCAAGAGGAGCCCGUGGCAGAUGUAGGAGAUACGGACUCCGUAACGUCUAUUCCAUCAUCUGAAAUCAACAAUUGGGCGAAUUUCAGGGAUGAUGAAAUCAUGCAACAGCAGUCUGCAAUCCGGGCUGAGGAAGCUGAGAAAAGUCCAUUUGUUGGUGACAAGGAACCUCUCUCGACAUUAGCGGCUGAAUAUCAAUCUGGAAGUCCCAUAUUAAUUGAAAAAAUAAAGAUGCUUGCUGAAAACUAUGCUGCCAUCAGGCGAACAAGAGGAGAUGGGAACUGCUUCUUUCGAAGUUUUAUGUUUGCAUACCUGGAGUAUAUUUUGAAAUCACAAGAUCAAGCAGAAGUUCGUCGUAUCAGUGCAAAUGUUGAGGGAUGCAGAAAGACGCUUCAAAGUCUGGGUUAUGCUGAGUUUACCUUUGAAGAUUUUUUUGCGUUAUUCCUUGAGCAGCUGGAAAGCGUUCUUGAAGGUUCUGCAACUUCAAUAAGUCAUGAUGAGCUCCUACAGAGGAGUCGAGAUCAGUCGAUAUCCGACUAUGUUGUGAUGUUCUUCAGAUUUGUUACCUCCGGUGAAAUACGUAAACGGUCUGAGUUUUUUGAACCAUUCAUAAUGGGGCUAUCAAAUACCACUGUGGAGCAGUUUUGCAAAUCCUCGGUGGAACCAAUGGGCGAAGAGAGCGAUCAUGUGCACAUUACUGCCCUGUCAGAUGCCUUAGGUGUGCCAAUCCGUGUUGUAUACCUAGACCGCAGCUCGUGUGAUACUGGUGUCAGCGUAAAUCAUCAUGACUUCAUUCCUACUUCUGGUGAUCAUCCUGAUGCCAAAGGCAGUAGUUCUAAGGCGAUUGAUGCUUCCAUUACAUUGCUAUAUCGACCAGGUCACUAUGACAUUCUUUAUCCCAAGUGACAUUCUCACCUGUGCUGGCAAGCCUGUCCUAUUCUGUCAAUUGAUAGGACGCCGGAUGCAAUGAUUGAGUGUAAAAUGCUUUUAUCUUUCUUCACAUGCAUCUGGGCUGUGUAAUCAGGACUUUGACAUGAGACUGCUAAGACAUGGUAUUGUUCUAAAUUUCAAUUUGAGCUUGUGUUUUCUGAUCUAGAUGAAACUGCCGCGAGAAGAAGAUUGUAGAUUCUGCAUUUGCUUUCUGAACCAUAUAAAAUUGGCAUUGCCCGUCUCUGGUUUGUCUGA